CUCAAUCCGUCACUGCAGGUCUCUCUUGUCUGCCUUUGCCGCCAACCACUGUCACUACAUACACCAUCAUUCACUUCCAUCCAUCACCUCUCUUUCGAACUACCAGAUACAUCUCUCGCUCUCCAUCGUUGCCUGGGUUCCACCAUCUCCAACCCACCCGCCAUUUGCUCCGUCUGUUACUUUCAUCUUCCGUCGCCUGACCCGCCGAGUCCUCUCCAUCCCAAUCACAUGCGGUUGUCGUCACAAGCCUGCUCCUCAACACCAUCACCCUCCUUUGUUCCACCUCCGUCCCAAUACCUUACCUCCCAUCCAGGCUUGGAAUCAACUCUCUCUUCCACCUGAUUCUUCCCUAGCCCUCCUUCCUUGCAGUGCCGGGACCAAAUCCUCGAGUCAUCUCCCCAGCCUAGCAAAUGUCCUGACCGCUGCACCUCUACACUGCCUCCCAUGCGGAUCCAGUGCCUCUUCAUCUGUGCAAUUCACUGUAAAAUCAUGGACGGCUAUCGGAUACAUCACAUCCUCGAUCCACUCAGCCAAACAUAGGCCAGGCAACAUUCACUGCUCCCCUUCAACAACCAUACGUUGCCCACCAACACACCCCAUCUCCGUCCUCCUCUCGUCAUGCAUCAACACCCACGUCCGCCACCGGUGACAGCAUCCCCCGCAGCCUCUGAACAAACCAACCCCACACGAACCAACAAUCCUAGGGAUCAAGACCCUCAGAUCCGUCGAGCCACCUCCCCCAUCACUCAGGGCUCCGGUUCUUCAGAAGAGUUUGCAAAUGCUAGACAAGAUCAACCUCCAGAAAACCCAAACACUCAAAUGCAACGACUGAAUCAAGUCGUCCAAAACUUUCAUACCAAAUCCGCUCUGAUCAUCCUCCACUCCCGAGUCGAUUUGCCUCCUGCUUAUCAUAAAAACCAAGAUUCCAAGCGUAUCAAUCGUUGGUUCAAUCUUCAUAUCGACGAAACCGACGAAUACAAGGAUGAUAUCAAGAGGUGGAAGACAUGCGAUGUUGUCCAUGACCGACCUCCUCCACUCAUCAUAGAGACCUUUCUCACUGCAGAUGUCCUACAACAAGGCCAACGUUUGGUCAUCCUCGAUGACGACGGGAAGAGAUGGGAUGUCCAAACCAUCCUCGACUCGCUCUAUGCCAAAACCCGCGGAAACCAGAGAUGGCCUGCUGACUCCAAUGAGAUCCUCUUGGAAAGAUGGACCAUCGAGUUGGGUCGACCCUCGGCUCCCAUCCCACCAGAUCUAGCCAAUCUAUUACCUCUGGUCUACAAAAAGAGUAUUGUCUUGUUCCGCUCCCUCUGGACCUACUCCAACUUCCUUCCCGCAUGGAAGUUGUCGAGGAAACUUGGAAAGAGUCGGUCUACUAUGGGCUUGAAGAUCGGCUAUCGAUUAAUCGAUGGUUCAGACAUGGGGUCCCUGUCGCGACCAGACAAUCUAAGUCUUCCCCUCUUCGAUUCCAGUGCCGAAGUUGUGACAAAGUAUGAGUUUGGUACGACCGACUCGCCUGCUGGCCCCUUCUCUGUCAGUGUCCUCCAUCGAACCAACUGUGACUUUCGGAUAGACGACUCGGAAGAACUCCUCAGCUCGAGAUUUCUCGGUACCGACGACAACUUGUUCCAACCUUCUGUAGCAGGUAGGCCUUCUCACACGGAAGUAGGCUCGUUACCCAUUGACCGUCGGCGAACCCUUCUGGAACGUCCGGAGCUUGGUCAUGCCUAUGGGAGUCUAUCUACUUUUCACCAGGCCGGCAUCGCUCCGGGCACUAGCCCCCUUUCCGCACUUCGCAAUGCUCAGGAUUACGAUGCUAGCUCACCUCCAACACCGGAGCCAGCGAGACCCUCUAUCAAUCCUUACAUCACAUCCCAACCAUCCCGCAAUUCUCUUCGAGCUGCGGCAACCGCACGCAGAAGUUCUUUCUCUGUUCAGCCAUUCAAAGCACCGCCACUAUCCGCCUCGCCGUAUGGCUCAUCUCCGCUUGCAAGCUCACCCCGAACUCAUGCACGAAUCCCUACCUUGGGAUCCUUGACCGAAGAAGGGGGCAUUCCACCUCCAAACGCCCGAACCGUGUCCAGUAGGCGGGCUGGCUCUUUGGCGUCAGACAAUGCCGUCGCCUCGUCGGCAUCAAUCUCCCCCAAGCCCACCUCCGGGACAAGAUACAGCAGCAGCUUCAGCCACAGACGAGCUCGAUUAUCGUCGGGAGGUACCACAUUGCGCACCGAUGAGGACCAAACAAGUAGUGGAAGGGGAAGUACAACCUCUUCUGCACAACCUGGAUCUGGGUUGAUGACCGAAGCCCCUGAUAGGGCCGGCAGUUCAGCCUCGGUUGGCGACGACGACGACGAUAAUAUCUCGGGCUUCUUGAAGAUGCUGGAACUUCAGAAAGAUCUCUUAGCCCCCUCUUCGCGUGCUUCGGCGGAAGCAUCUACCAAGAGAACUGCAGCUGCCCUGAAUCGCUUUCACAGGAUGCGUGAUUCGAAUACUGCCCUCUCCGAUUCCAUGUCGUCAUCGUUCCUUGCUCAGAGGUCGUCAGCAUCCUCCAGUCGCCAGUUGUCCGGCGUUCCACCCAUGGUCGCGCCAACCUCUGUCUCUACAUCCUCGUCUCCGGGAAAGCCCAUCUCGCCUCACACACCCCACACGCCAUUUGCCCCAUCUCGUCUUAGCGCUGCCUAUAGUCACGACGACGCAGCCAACACCCCUCAUAGUCUAGCCACUCAAGAGCCUGCACCCCCCUCGGAGGCCGAGACUGAGCAAACUGCACAGGCGAGAUCAAGUGCGCAUGGUCCAAUAGACAUUCCCAACUCGCCAAGGAUCUUUUUACCGGGUUACCAAAGAUCAAGUUCGGCACAGCGCCGGCCUUUGUCCGCGGACGAGGAUAUUGCAGACCUGUACGGUAUGCGAAGUGCCAGCACCGGCGCACAAGACAGACGAGCGCUUCAGAAAGACCCCAACUCGCGGGAUGAAGUUGAUGAUGCCACCGAGAACGGUACAGAACCGGCCGAGCAUUCAACAGAGCGCACCAGCACCAUUUCUCGAAGGCCUCUUCAAGCUCACCGAAUGUCUGGCCGAAUUGCGACGGAUGGAGCUGGGUCUGAGUCUGGAUCUGGCCGUUCUUCCGCCACGCCUUACCGACAACGCUCGACGCGAGGUGGCGCAGGCAGAGGACUCACCCCACCACAAACUUCAAUAUCUAGCUUUGGUGCCAAUGGGGGAAGCAUCGAACGUGGUGACAGUAGCACGAGUGGUUCAUGGGGUCGCGGUGGCAUCCGAAGAGGGAGCCGGCCCGACACUCGCUUCGAUGAAGACGACUUGCCAUUUGCCAUGGAAAAGAGUGAUUUCCACACCACGCCUGCCACGACCAGUGCCGGCAACAGAAUCAACACCGAUCGACAUGAUGAUUCAGGCAUCAGUGAGCGAUGAUGAUGAUGAUGAUGAUGAUACGGUCGAAAGACCAUGUGGGAUUCGCAUUAAACGAUGGAAUCUGCAUUUAUUUUCAAGAACCUUGGCCUUUGCGCCUCGGGAGUGACAGGCGUCUACCGGAUCUUUGACAGUUUUCUUGUUCUGCGUGUACUUGAACCCAUUUUUUGUAUUGCGUGCACACACACACACACUCACCGUGUGGAUUGAGUGGGCAUUUGGCCACCGUUACUGUUACCGUUACUACUUCUACUAGCCAGCGAUAGAUCAUGUUUUGUUGUUUGCAAUGAAACGGAUUCCCAGUCUGGUGAAUGACACGCGUCUAUGGGGAAUGGGAAUAGGGAGGGAGCAGGAAGGGAGUGGGAUUCUGGAUGCAAUCCAAGCCGGGAAACUUGAAACUACGUAAGGUACCUACCUACCUAGGUAGCUAUGAAAUAUGAAAGGAAUCUCCA